CGUAGGGGAGAAGGGAACCUGAAAUUUAGAACUCAUGCCAGUUUCAUUAGUUACUUGAACUUGAAUUUAGUUUGAAAUCAAUUAAUGCCAAAAUUUGGUUUUAAAUUAAACAUAAUUUUAAGCUGGUGAAAAUACCAUCAUUAUUAAAUGACAUAAAUAAAUAUAAUAAAUAAUCAGUAAAUUAGAUUUAAAUUUCUUUUUUGCUCACACAACUAUGCAUUUAAUUAGGUCUGAGUUGAGUUGCUUUUUAAAUUUACCUUGUGUUUAUUAAUUUGCAUCUGUCCAACCUGAAGCCCUGAUGAUCUGAAGAUAGUUCUUUAUACAUUUAUGCAAAUUUACUCAAAUCAAAACAAAGAACUGGCACUUUAAUAUCAAAUAUAUCUAUUAUUUAGGGAUUUCUUGGUAUCUAAGGAUUUUGUUUAAAAUCAGUGGCAAUCCUCUGGACUGUUAAAAGUCUACCACACAGUUGCUUUGAAUAAGGCAUUAAAAACAGACUAUAUAAUGUGACUUCAAUCUCUUUUCUUUCUGCACUCCACUGAUUACUUUUUAUUAAACUGCUUUGAGCUGAAGCGUCUGGAGAGCAGGUUUAGGCUGGAUUAUAAAGCUCCUGGAAACAGGACGUGUUUGUCAUAUUUGGGACAGUUGGUGUGUUUGUCUUCCAGCUCGCAGAGAUUCUGUCAUCAGAGCAUCAAUCUAAACUUCACUCUGGUCGUCUUCAUGUUCAGACCUGCAGCCCGAAGCCGCAGAAUCGCUCCGACGUUCAGAUCAGGUUUCCACAUUCUUGGAGAGCUUUUGUUUUUUUGAAUCCCCCUCCUCUCCGAUUCCUCCUUUUCCACCACAGGAACUCUUUACGAACUCAGGAAAUUCACUCGUAUUUCCAAGACACGAUUUUGUUUCCAGUCUGGGCUCCUGAGCCACAGAAUGUUUAUGACCGGUUCAGUCCACAAAGUCCCAAAACAGGAUGCGUUUUCUAUGUUGUGUGCAUAAAACAAAACAAUAAACUAUGUGGUGCUUUGUGGAACUCCAUACAGGCCUGCUUCCAUUCAGAACAACAUUCAGACAACAAGUGAAGAUGAUUUUAAAAUAUACUGUAUAAAGAAAGCAGCUUUAAAUUGCAGUUUUGUUAUUUUACAGAUUUUCACUGUUUUUGUGAAAUAACAAAUAUCUAGUAAAAUCAGAAAAAGGUACGAAUUUACAUUUUGGGACUGUAAAAGAAACCCCUCAAAAAACAUUGACAUAAAUCAGUUAGCUGGAAACCAUGGAAACGUGAUGUCACCAACUGAAGCUUCCAGAAGCUCCAACUGUCAAACAGCAGCAGGUUUCUAAGUGCAGCUCUUCAUUUUAAGAAUAACAUGUACAUCUGAGGUUAAAGGAGACUUCUAACUGAUGAUGGUUCACACUGAGCAGCAGACACCUUCAGCUCCUCACAGCACUGUGCAGAGGUUCCUUCUGACCUGCCUGCCUCCAGUCGUCCACCGAUUCCUCUUCAGCCAAUCAGAGGAGUUUCCGGUGACUCACCUGGUCCUCAGAGCUUUGUUUGGAGCUCUGAGCGGUUCAGUUCUGGUUCUGUGUGUCGCCCACAACCUGCCGCUGACCUCUGACCUGAAGCUGACAGUAGGAUGUGUGUUUGUCGCUGUGUGUGCCGCUGGUGGAGCGUUGUCUUCAUACUUCAGGUGUUCGAUUCUCCUCAUGUUUCCCAGCAUGCUCGGCUCUCGCGGCCGGACCUACCUGAUGCUACUGAUCCUGUCUGUGCUGUACACAGGACCAAUUUCAAACAUCCAGCAUAACGCAGAGUCGGCCGCCUUGACUCUGAGCUGUAACUUAGAUCUGCAGCUUCAUCACGGCAGGUUGCUGUGGAGAGAAGCCAUCAAACCGUUCAUACUCGUCACUCAGCAGCUCAUGGAUGAUAAAGAUGAAUUUGAAUCGGAGACUCUGAGUGUCAACGAGAAGUUUCAGUCCAUCAGAGACGAAAUCGUCCUUCAAUACGGGUACGAUCGAUUCGAACCAAGCGGCAGGGCCAACAGCACACAGGACCAGUUCGCCGCCAAGACUGUCUUGCAGUGCGACCGUGUGGUGAACCAGGGCAUCCAGCGCUGUGCUGAUUGGUUCAGCAGCAGGUGGGAGGCUUGUUUGGAGGCGAUACCUGUCCCCGUCAUCAACCACAUCCUCUGUAUCCCCAUGAAGUUCCACUUCCUGUGUGACGUCAUGAGAGUUAUGACUCCAUGGUGCAGAGAGCACAUUCCUGUGGAGGGGAACUUUGGUCAGCUGUUUGAUCAGCUGAACUCUUCAGUCGAGCAGCUGUCCAGAGAGUUCAUCGCUGAGCUCUCCGUGCAGGAGCAUGAGGAGCAGGGAGUGCUGGACGGAGCUCUGCCAGCGGAUAACUUCACUCAGGCUGUAAAAAGAUCCUUCAACGACCUGACGGCAGCGAUGGAACAAGUGUUCAACGUUCUGCAGCUGCUGCUCUCCUUCACCUUCAUCACCAUGUUUACCCAGGCGAUCGGUUACCUGAGGUCUUACAUGAGGGACAUUAAUUUCGACAACACCUACAUCACCACCUACUUCAGGCAGAUCGACGCCCGCAGGAGGAGAGCGGGGAAACGCUUCUUGCUGCCUCUGAAAAAAUCUGAGAAAAAAGAGUUCAUCUACCCCUGGAGUCUAAAAAUUCACGCCGAAGAGCUGCAACAAGUGACGUCAGGUUUGUUCCAGGUGAUGUUCGUCUCUCUGCUGUCCGUCAUCCUGCUGGCCGUCGACUUCUCUCUGUUCCACGUUCUGGACAUCGUCAGCAGACACACCAUCUCCCAGUUCAACCUGACCAGUAGCCACCAGGUGGACUUCAGAGUGGACGGAGACACCAUCAUGGGACGCCUCCUGAGGACGAUGGUUUCAGCCUUCAACAGCUCGUCCAGCCUCGACGUCACCAGCGACAACAGCGCCGUCUCCUCCGAUGUGUACAUCAGCUGUGCGUGUUGUGUUGCGCUGCUGCUGUUGUUCAGCUGCCUUCAGGUUUACAGCAACCGCUUGCGACGCGUCAUCGCUGCCUUCUACCACCCAAAGAGGGAGAAGAAGCGAGUCUUGUUUCUCUACAACCUGCAGAUCCAGAGACGGAUUUCCUCCGCUGACAGUAAACACACCGCGAGUCGAGGACAGAAAUGCAGGACGGUGUUUCAGCAGCUGGUCAGGUGCUGGCGUCGUCUCUGUUGACAUCACAGACAGGAAGCGACUCGGAGGAGACGCACAACACCAGCAGGUAGACAGAGCUCCACCGAAGAACAGAGACAGACGCCAUAACAAUGAAAACAAACAAAAAAACACAUUAAAUGAACAUUAUCUAAAAAUCAGUGUUUGAAAUUUUUACUACUUUUUUUAAAAAUACAGUUCACUGUUGUUUUUACAGAUUUUUACUGUUUGUUAAAUUACUGAUUAUAUCUACCAAAAAUCACAAAAAAAAGCUAAUUUAUAUUUUAACUGUUUUUUU